AUGACGACUGGUGGGAGCACGGAGGAAGAGCGACGAACGGAGAGUCCGAGUCGAGGAGCAAAGGCGAGAAAGAGCGACGAAAGUUUCUUGCCAAAGCAAAAUUUCAGCUACGAGAACAAUUGCCACGGCGAAAACAGCCUCGUACGCUGUCGUCGCACGUAUCACGAUCGCCACAUCCAUGACAGCUAG